AUGUUGAGAGAACGUCCAAAGCCUCCGUCGAUCAACCACUAUGCUGGUGUUCUCACAAUGCAGGCGUCAGCAUCGAAAACGCCACCUCUUAGGGAGAAAAAAGUGACUUUGCUUGAAAGAAUAGUGCGCAGUCACCCUAUCUGGUACCUACAACAUCUUGGUCGUCCCGCAGCAACUCAUCUUUUAAGACAAAUGGAACCAGGCAAUUUUAUUGUCCGAGCGUCUUCAAAACCUGGUUGCAUGGCCAUAUCAGUAAGGCUGUCAAAAGAGCACGAAACUCUAACCGAUCACUACAUUGUGCAAUACGGGACGAGAGGAAGUGUUAUUCGAUUAGAGAGCAGCCCGUACUCGUUUCGUUCGUUACCACUACUAAUUGAGCAUUACUGUCUUCAUCCAGAGGAGCUGCAGGUUCGCCUGUGUCUUCCGUAUGCUGUUCUAGCUUGUGAGACAACGAAAGAUCUUCAGUCUUUGGCUUUGUUGGGACAAGGUAAGUGUAUUAAGCCAGAGCUGGUAUAG